GAGGUGAGUAGAACAGCGCGAGGAAGAGCUAAGGGAAUACCUCCCUCUUCCGACUGGAGAAACGAGAACAAAAAAAAAACGUGACUUGUUUCAGGGUACGAGACGGAAAGAUAAUUGGAUUCGUUUGGAGUAACACAGUCGAGCGCACUCAAACCUCGAGGAAGAGAGAGAGGGAGAGAGCUGGAGAUUUCCCCUCUUGGCGAUGCGUUACAAAUCUGUUCCUGACGCAUUCUUUAUCAACCACAGUAGUCGAAGUUGUUUCCACUCUCGUCUUUAGUCUUCAGGAUAAAAGCGUUGGGAACAAACCUUGAAAACAUGACGUGGGGCACAGAUUUGUGGGACCAGUAUGAUAAUAUUGACAAACACACACUAUCAGGCUUGGACCUGAUGGAUCGCUAUAUGAAGUUUGUCAAAGAGAGAACCGAGAUUGAGCAAAACUACGCAAAACAACUCCGGUCUUUGACUAAGAAGUACCGGCGAGGUAGUAAAGAUGAAGCAGAGUUCAAGUUCACCAAUCACCAGGCAUUUCAGGACAUCCUGACGGAGCUGAAUGACUACGCCGGGCAGAGGGAGGUCGUGGCGGAAAACAUGACUGUUAACAUCUGUGUCGAGCUCACCAAGAUCCUCCAUGAGCUCAAGCAAGAGAGGAAGAGUCACCUGUCUGACGCCAAGAAAGCCCAACAGAACCUGGAGAGCACAUUUAAACAGCUGGAGAGUAGUAAGAAGCGCUUUGAAAAGGAGUGGAAGGAAGCUGAAAAGGCCAACCAGCAGGCUGAGCGAGCAGAGCAGGACAGCAGCUCCACCAAAGCAGACGUAGAUAAGGCCAAGCAGCAUGCACACAUGCGCACACACGCGGCGGACGAGUGUAAGAAUGAUUACGCUGCUCAGCUUCAGAAGUACAACAAAGAGCAGAACCAGUUCUACUACACCGAGAUCCCCAACAUCUUCAAUAAUCUGCAAGACCUGGACGAGAGGCGCAUCAGAAAGCUAUCGGAGGCCUAUGCUCACUUUGCGGACACUGAGAAACAGGUUAUGCCAAUCAUCACCAAAUGUCUCGAUGGCAUCAACAUGGCCAGCAGCAGGACCAAUGAGAAGCAGGACUCGCAGGCAUUCAUCGAGCAGCACAAGUCGGGUCUGGUGCCCCCUGCUGAAGUGGAGUUUGAGGACUACAGCCAGGGCAUCAAGGCUGCCAGCUCAGAGAACACGCUCAACAUGCCCAAAGUCCGCAUCAAGGACUUCUUCAACAAGAGGAAGCACAAGAACUCUAGAGAAGACAAGUCGACGCCCCCUGCAGCCGAGGACUUCUCUCACCUGCCCCCAGAGCAGAGGAAGAAGCGCCUGCAGCAGAAGGUGGACGACAUCGCCAAAGACCUCCAGAAGGAGAUGGACCAGAGUGAGGCCCUGGAGAAGAUGCGGGGUGUGUAUGAGAAGAACUCUGCGCUGGGCGACCCCUCCAGCCUGGAGCCCCAGAUUCAUCAGACGGCCCAAAACGUGGGCAGGCUGAAGGGAGAACUGGCCAAAUAUGAGACCUGGCUGAAUGAGGCAGGUGGAGUGUUGGACAACAUCAACUCCCAGAUCAACAACAACUUGAACAGUUCCGCUGGUAGUAUUGUCAUUGCUGGCCCCACUCUGCAAGACCCUGGGGUGUACGAGGACGGUUUCUAUGAGGAGUUUGAUGACGACGAGCCUGAGGUGCCCUUGGGCCAGUGCUUUGCCCUGUACCACUUUGACGGCACCAGCGACGGCACCAUCUGCAUGCAAGAGGGCGAGCAGCUCAGUGUGAUGGAGUCGGACCAGGGCGACGGCUGGAUGCGUGUGAGACGUUCCAACGGAGACGAGGGCUACGUGCCCGCGUCCUACAUCAAUAUGAACUGAGGAGGGAAGGAGGGAGUCCAGGGGACGGGGCACACGGCUUCCUGGCUAAUGCUAAUGCUAAUGCUAAUGCAUCGUGGCUCACCUUUUGUCUGUAGGACUGCCAGAUUAGCAUGCAUGCUAGUGCUAACAUCUCCCUCCUCAAACGUCAUAUUAGGAUUUUAGAUUUCAGACACUGGGCUAGCAAGGAUUAGUAUUUUAAUGCUAACAUUUCCCUCAAGAAAAAAUCACUUUUACAUUGGAUGGACAAAAAAAAACCCAUUAUAGACCUACCAUGAGUUAUGCAUAACAUUUUCAUUAAUAAACAUUUGGGGUCUCGAAAAGAUCCUGAAACGGAACUAAAUCAGUCCUGUAACAUGGAAUCCAUCCAGCUUAUGGCUACAUUGAAAUACACUUAAUAUUGGGCUAACAUGCCUAAAAUGAAAUCCUACUGCUUUCCUCAAGUUAAGCAUUCAUUCAUACUGCUUACCUCAAGUUAAGUGACAGUUGGCUGAUAACAUGGCUUAAGAUAUUCCAGAUAUGUUACUUCACUGUACGAAACUCUCUAAAGCUAAUGGCAGGUAUACUCUUGUACCUGACUACAAGUUGUAUACCUGCCAUUAGCUUUAAAGUUAACUUUUCCUUCUGCACUGUGCAACUACAGUGCAAAACUGCACGCACAGUUUAUGGAUACUACUGAACUCCAGUAGCCUACCAAAAGACCUAGAUGGUACCUAUAUUUGGACCUUCAUUCCAAACAAACUGAGGUUGUAAAAUUCCAACCUCCCUCUGGAAAAAAGUACAAUGGAAUGCCACACGAAGUCAGAGUUCUUACUUCUGAACUCGGGGCAAGUCGAUCUACCCCAACUUUGAAGUCAAAAUUGAAGUCUGAUUUCCGACUAACGAGUUGUGCAGAAUGCAGCAUUCUUCUCACUCUUCCAAAUAUUGUAAUUCAGAUCAUCUCCUCACGCACCUCAGAUAAGUCACAAGACUUUCCACAAUGUCUCCAAUUCCGAGAAAAUCAUCAACUAGCCAAAUACAUAAACAUCAGACUGUGUAUUCGCCAGUGAGCACCAUUUUAAAUCUAACAGCUUACACGAUUCAUCUUGACAUCAUUAUAGGGACCAAGCAUUCAGUGUUGCUGCCCAAACCCAGAACUCAAGCCCAUCUCCCCAUUUGCAAUACCCCCUCUUUGAGCUUCUUUAAGAACCUUUAGUACCUACAAGUUCUACAAGGCUUAUCGUCUACCUGGGAGGCUACACUGAGCAAGUAACUGAAGCGUUCCGUUCGCGGAACAUCUGCUGCCACAAUUAGCUAACGCAAAUAAUCAAUGGAUCUGGCUACACCAGACAAGAUAGUGGCACGUACGUUCGUAAAAAUUACACCUAUCUUCUAAACCUAAUUUACACUCCACGAAUGGAGUGCUUCAGUUGUGGACAUUGCAGUUCUCCCUAUGAGUAAAGCGACCUUUGGUACCUUGAAAAGCACUGUAGAAAUCUAAUUUAUUAUUUAUUACUCAACUCAGCUUUUUGGUUGUGAACCCCAUUAGGGUUACUGUUCCAUUCUAAACGUUUGUCCCAUUCUAAAAUGCAUGCACCAUAUAUUUGUUUAUAAUAAUCUACAUUCGGUUUUCUUUAACUAACAUUAAUUACCAUGGACAUCUGUGAACUUAUCACUGUCAGUGAGUCAGAUUCAGAUUUAUGGCUUGAUAUGUUAAUGAUUGGAUAAUGACAUUAUUCAUUUAAUGAACAUUAUACAACAAAUGGGUUCUAUGGAACUAUUUAUUUGUUUAUGAUUGGCAGAGAGACGUUCAAUGAGUUGGAAUAUCCCUGGACAUUUCAACAUAACGUUUGACACAAUGUAGCCAUAACCAUUAAAUCAAAAUAAUUAAGUUACAUAAUUUAAAAAAGCGACUAGCCUUGGCAAUUGGAGAAAAAAUAGAGAUUGAUUUCCCCAAAAUAACUGUUGAGUUAAUAUAUGAAAUGUCAGAUGACGAGGAGGAACAGACAGUCAAGCGGGAGGUCUUCCAGGUGCGUCUCCAUCAGCGCAGACCAACUGGACUGUAUUGAAAAGAGCCGGCAUGAAAGCAACUUGGCUACGGCCGAACAACACCGGUGGGAAUAUCCAUUAGCAACCCCACUCUCACUCAUGCUAUAUUGCUAAUGCUUAAUCAUGAAGACAAUCAUUUCGGCAUUUACGGACAUUAAAUAGCAUCAUAUGCAGUGGCCUAUGCUUGACUGGCAUUAACCGCUAUCUUUUUUUGUAAGUAAAUAAAAAUGUAAUAUUUUGUGUUUAGUGCAUCUAAAUCUGUUGGUAUACUCAUCUAAUACAGAUAUCUACAAGCUGAGGAAAGGCCUGGGUUUGCCUCAUAGUAUGCCCAUUGUGACUGCCAGUGAUCCAUCAUCUCAUACAAAUACUUUGAACAAAAAUACCUUUAAACAGUUUCACAAUAAUCUCUUUUCAACACUCUUUAGGACUAUCUCUUUAGUACUACAUAUGUUGAAAUAGUCGACACCUCUUCUGUUAGCUUUCAUUGAACGUCAUUAUAGGAGAUCUUGUAUCGAAAGGUAUAUCCGGCUGUGCUCUAGUUAAAUGAUAAUUCUUUGAACUUUAAAGUAACUUUAUCUGCUCAAUCUGAUACUGUGUAACUGAUCACUUCUUAUUAGAGGGAUUAACAUUUUUUUAAAUGUCAUAUCUCCAUAAUGUCCAUUCUGUAUGUGUGUGUGUGUGCCAAGUAAUUUCUUUUCUCCAUCUUAAAAUGUGUGAGUUUGUGAGAAUGAGUGUGUGAAUGUUUAUAAUCCAUACUUGCCCUGUAAAGAGUUGCUGUGCAGUGUGUGUAAAUGGCAUAUUGCUAUAGUAUUUAUCAAAUUUGUAAUAUAUAUCUUGAUAUAUAUAU